AUGAGGUCCUCCUGGAUAUUUAUAAUACAUGUGCUGUGUCUGAGUGGCCACCAGUGUGCACCGACGAAGCAGGAGGAGAUGAAUCUCCGGGACAACCUCAAGCAAUUAUCUGAAGUUGGAGAGAAGUAUGUGGAUGAAGAGGUAAAGAAAGCUUUGAUUGGUAUUAAGCAGAUGAAAAUUAUGAUGGAAAGAAAUGAAGAUAAGCACAUAGAUCUGAUGAAAACCUUGAAGAAGAGCAGUGAAGAAAAACAGCAAGCCUUGCGACUUAUGGAUGAAGUAAAGGCAAGACUGGAAGAAGAGGAAAGACAAUGUCAAGUAUCCUUGAAAAAUCUAUGGGAUGAAUGUGAAUCUUGUUUAGAAAGUACCUGCAUGAGAUAUUACACAACUUGCAAACACGGUGUGUCAACCUUUAAGAGAAAGGUUGAAGAUUUUUUGAGGAAAAUACCUCCACUCAUAUUUACUUUUCAUGAGGAGCAAGGAAGAGACAUCCAGUUUAAUGAAAAGCCUGAGAAAGAGGAUACUCAGCUAUUAAAGAUGGAAGAUUUAUUUAGCCAGCUAUUAUCGGAUGUCGGCUCAAUAUUUGACAGAAGUUUCAUUUUUUUCAAGCGCAUGCAAAAAGAAUUUGACCAGUCUUUUCAGACUUAUUUCAUGUCUGACCUGGAGUUGAGUGAGUCCCCCAGUAUGCCAGCUUUACCUGAGGUCACCACCAGAAGUGAAGGCCCCCAGAGAGGCUGGGGCAUGCCCGGCUUCUUACAGACAGUUUUUGAUUUCAGCAGGACGGUGUUCGAAGGUGUCAGUGAGGUGAUCACCGACGUGUUUGAUGAAUACAGAGAUUACAGAAGAGAUGUGCCAGAACAAACCAAAGAUCCUGACAGAAGUGGCAUGUUUUCAAAAAUUGUGUCAGGGCGCCAGAGACUUCAGUGCAAGGAGCUCCGGGAGAACUCCUCUGGAUGCCCACAGUUUCAUGAGAGAUGCCAGAAAUGUCAAGACAAUCUUUUACAUGAUUGCCCAAAUGUUCCUGAGCUGCACAUAAAGUUUGAUGAAGCCUUUAAGCUGGUUAAUCUCUCAGGGGAGCAGUACGAGCAGAUUCUCCAGGUGGUUCGGCAUCACACGGAGGACACUUCCUACUUGCUGAACAAAAUGAAAGAAAGAUUUGGGUGGGUGUCUGAGUUAUCCAACAUGACCAUUGGACCAGAAAACAUUUUCAACAUAGUUAAGGUGGUACCUGGGGAUCCCUCCAGUAAAGAUGAAACUGUGGUAGAUGUGAACGUUCUGACUUCACCUACUUUCACCAUUAAAGUUCCUCCCAACUUAGAUCCCAAGAGUCCUGAGUUCAUCGAAUACAUAGCUGGGAGAGCACUCCAAUUGUAUAAGCAGAAUUUUUAAGUGGGAAGAAGAAGUGUGAAUUCUUUCUUCCUGAAAUAAAGUAUAUGCUCCUUAGUUGAACUACCCCUAUGCUCAACAUAGCUAACUGUUA